AUGGUAAAAGACCAGGUGUAUUGUUUUGUUUGUCGACAUUUUACAUCUAUUAAUGGACCACAAUUUGAACAAACAUUUUUAAAUAAAGGAUUCAACUGUUGGCAAACACAAGCAGAAUCAUUUAAAUACCAUGAAAAGACUAAUUAUCAUAAGCUAAACUUUGAAAAGUAUACUAUGUUUUUAAAUUUAAAAUCAAAACAAGGCAUACCAUUCCGAGGACAUGAUGAGAGUAAACAAUCAUCAAACCGUGGAAAUUAUAUUGAACUCUUAAAUAUGUUUUGUGAUGAUAAUGUUAAAUUAAAAUUAGAAUCCAGAUAUGGACAUUAUACAUCUCCUGGAUAUCAGAAUUAUUGUAUUAAAAUUAUUGCUUUUAUCACAAGGUCAAACAUAAUUAAGCAAAUUAGUGCCUUUUCUAUUCUUGUGGAUGAAAUUAAAGACACUAGUAAAAAAGUUCAGCUGUCAUUUGUAAUCAGAUUUGGUGACAAUGUGUUUAAUGUUUUUGAAAAAUGUUUGGGUUGUUACCUCAUGGUUAAAUGUAAUGCUUCAACUCUUAGUCAAGAAAUUUGA